AUGGCCAUCAUAAACUCAGAUUCAACUUUGAGCCUUCCAAUAGGUACCAAAAACCCUCAAAACCAUAGGGUUUUAAUUGAAGAAAUCGGUGGCCUAAUUAGGGUUUACAAAGAUGGACACGUGGAAAGACCUCAGAUCGUGCCAUGUGUGACGUGUACGUUACCCCUUGAACUUGGGGUAACAUGCAAAGAUUUGGUAAUCGACAAGUUUACAAACAUUUGGGCUCGUUUUUACGUCCCAAAAUGCAAUCUUGAGAAACUCCCUUUGCUUGUUUACUUCCAUGGAGGAGGGUUUUGUGUUGGUUCUGCGGCAUGGAGUUGUUACCACGAAUUUCUUGCAGUUUUAGCUCGUAAUGCUGGUUGUGUGAUCAUGUCAGUAGAUUAUCGUUUAGCACCUGAGAACCCUCUUCCAGCAGCGUAUGAAGAUGGCGAAAAGGCUCUGAUAUGGGUGAAACAACAAGCUCUAAGUGGAUCCAACAAAUGGUGGUUGAAGAACUGUGAUUUUUCUAACGUGUUUGUAGCAGGUGAUAGUGCUGGUGGCAAUAUAGCACAUAACGUGAGCUUAAGACUGAGUGUCAAUUGGGCACAGCUAAAACCAUUGAUUUUCAAAGGUAACAUUCUAAUCCAACCUUUUUUUGGUGGAGAAUCAAGAACCAUUUCGGAAGCCCUCAUGGUCCAACCACGGGGCUCUGUGCUCAACCUAGUGGCCUCAGACACUUACUGGAGACUCUCGCUACCGAAGGGGGCAAACCGUGACCAUCCAUGGUGCAACUCGAGGGCAAAAAGGUCAAGCAUACAAGUUGAGCAUGUGGUGUAUAAAGACGUGGGUCAUGCAUUCCAAAUCCUUGACAAAUCUCAAUUUUCACAGAUGCAAACACAGGAAAUGAUUUCUCACAUCAAGGCCUUCGUCAGCAAAAGGAUGAAUAGUGGAUGA